AUGUCUAAAACUGAAUGUUAUUUCGAUGAGGAAGAGUAUGUUUGUCCACUUUGUAUGGAGGAAAUGGAUAUAUCGGACAGAAAUUUCAGACCAUGUCCUUGUGGAUAUCAAAUCUGUAGAUUUUGUUGGCAUCACAUUAAAGAGAUAUUAAAUGGGUUAUGUCCAGCAUGUCGUAGAGUAUAUUCUGAACAAACAAUUGAAUUUACACCUAUAUCGCCUGAAGAAAUAAAAAACGAAAAGAAGCAAAAAGAACGCGAGAAGAAAGAACUUGAGGCAAUGAACAGAAAACAUCUAGCCAAUAUGAGAGUUGUUCAAAAGAAUUUAGUUUAUGUUAUUGGUAUAAGUCCGAAGAUUGCUAACGAAGAGAUAUUACGAUCGCAUGAUUAUUUUGGACAAUAUGGUAAAAUUGCUAAAAUUGUGGUGAAUCGUCGAAACCCCCCACCUUCCAAUGUUCCCGGUGCUCCUCCACCUCAACCAAGUGUUGGUGUAUACAUCACUUAUGUAAAGAAAGAAGAUGCUGCAAAGGCUAUAGCUGCUGUUGAUGGAAGUGUAUCUGAUGGUAAAAUACUUAGGUAA